CAACAGGAUUGGGUUACCGGACAGGUGAAAGCUGUCUGUCGGUACCGGAGAAAACACCGAAGCUGUAGAGCCGGACAGAGAGGGUGAGCACGGUGUAGCGGCACAUGUUGUGUGUUGCUAGACCGUAGCUACCGAUAAACAUGUCUCGUAGGAGAAGUGUAGUGUGGGGCUUCUUCAAAGCAGUCGACUCAGACUCGGUCCAGUGUCUGCUCUGCAAAAAUUAUCUGGGGAAAGGCGAGCAGGGGACCACCACAGCCAUGCUGAGACAUCUGCGUGUCAAACAUCCCACAGAGGUCGCCAUAGCCGAGAAAAGUGAUGGACAUGGACCUGAAACUGCUGCCAGCAACGGAGUCCAGGACCUGGAGGCUGACAGGGGACAGUUCUGCUCCGUGGAAGUGUCGCUGGAUGAUGGAGACUCUGACACCAUCACCACAGUGAAUGAAGCUGACAUUAAUUCGGCCAUUAAUGGAAUCCUGGAAGCAGCACAAGGAGCUCCAGUAGAGCAAAGAACAGAUGAGGAGGCAAGUGGUCGCUGUUUAAAGCGCAGACGGAAUACAAGGAGUUUGAUUUGGAGACAUUUUGAGCGCUUGGAGAGUUUGGCUGCUGCUCGCUGCCGGAUUUGCAAGAAAAAGAUACAAUGCUUUGACAGCAGCACCAGCAACCUGCACCGACACAUGUCAAAGAGGCACCCGGAGGCGUCUCAGUUAGCGGCUGUUGUGCAGAACCCGCCAAUAUCCAAGUCAUCACACGGCUCAAACACUAACGUAGACACAUCUACUCCACCAGUGACUGUGGAGGUGUCGGAGCAGAGAGAGUUUUCAGAUGUGAUCAAAGAUUCAAGAAUGUUUGGAGGAGAGAGGCGUGUUUUCAGGAGAGAGCAUGAGCUAAUAGAAGCUCUGAGGAGAGCACAGCGGGAGGAGGCGCGUGCCCUGGAGCAUCAGAGGGAGCUUCUUGAGAAGCUGCAUGCAGUGAAUGCCAGAGAGGCAGCUGCAGAGAGGGAGCAAAUUGAGUCACUGAGGAAAGCACAGCAGGAGGAAGCCAAAGACUUAAAUAGACAGAGAGAAGAGCUGAAGACAGAAAAAGCAGAGCUGCAGAAGAAAUGGGAAGAGCUUCAACGGGAAAAGGAAGAACUCUUGUUUUCCAGAGGACAGUCAGCCUCCUGAUUGUGCGACAAGACUCAGGACCCAACAGGACUGAUGGGUGUUGACUGUCAUCAUCAUCAUUUCUUAAAUUAUUUAGGACAAACUCAAACAUAUGAUGGCAUGAAAAAGUAAACUCCACUCCAUUACAGCUGUGCCGUACUGCCUUAUGGUGUCUA